AGAAUCUAGAAGCACGUUCGCACAAACCACCGUCGCAAUGGCCAAAUCAAAGAACUCGUCUCAGCAUAACCAGGCGAAGAAGAACCACAAGAACGGUAUCAAGAAGCCAAAGACCAACAGAUAUCCUUCGCUCAAGGGAACCGAUCCAAAGUUCCGAAGAAACCACAGACAUGCACUCCACGGCACAAUGAAGGCACUCAAGGAGGUCAAGGAGGGCAAGCGCGAUGCGGCAUAGAGGACAACCACGAUCGAUGUCUACGAGAGUUGGGACCUGGGAUUGACUUUACGGCUUCGACGCGAGCAUGCCCUGGCGCAAUAUGAGAGCGUGGGACGAUGCAAGAUACCUGGCUCGAGAGGUCUCAUGAUGGAGGUAACUGAAAUGCAAGUCUGGAUUCACAGCCCCCUCUCCAUCGAAAACAUAUUCGUUCAGGUGAGAUCUCGCCGGAUGCGACAAUUUCCACGAAUCCCUUUUUCCUACUUCGAGUCAUCAGUAUCUUCACGCGGCAUAAGUGUGUACAGCUCAUUGCGAUAACAUUCACGCAAAGGGUUGAAGGAUUUUCCAUCGUGCCAAGAUUAAGUCUUCUCGGAGCAUACCAUCUCAUUACCAAACACGGACGCUGUUGUACUCUGUCGGCGUUUGUGCAUGAGGAUGUGGUUACAAUUAUGAGAUGCGUGUAGUGGUCUCACAGGACAGAACGUAGGUAGCAAUACAUGGAUUCAGUCUUCUC